GACACAUAGCCAUCGUUUACGUCUCUCAAAUCGCGCUUCUCACCGACGAAAGAUCGGCGGAAUCUCCUCCUCUUCGUUGUUACCGGUAGCUCGAUCCCAUGAAUCCUGAAUAUGACUAUCUGUUCAAGCUUUUGCUCAUUGGUGAUUCUGGUGUUGGCAAAUCAUGCUUGCUUCUAAGGGUUGCUGUAAGUAUCUCUCUCUCUCUCUCUCUUUCUCUAUAUUCAGUUCAGUGCUCUUGUUGUUGCUCUUUUGAAGUGGUGUUGUUGUUGGUGCAGGAUGAUUCCUACCUGGAUAGCUACAUCAGCACCAUUGGUGUUGACUUCAAAAUUCGCACUGUCGAACAAGAUGGGAAGACCAUCAAACUCCAGAUUUGGGACACGGCAGGUCAAGAGCGUUUCAGAACGAUCACCAGCAGUUACUACAGAGGAGCUCAUGGAAUCAUUGUGACUUAUGAUGUAACAGACCAAGAAAGCUUCAACAAUGUCAAGCAAUGGCUAAACGAAAUCGACCGCUACGCCAGUGAGAGUGUGAACAAGCUACUGGUUGGGAACAAAAACGAUCUCACGUCACAGAAAGUAGUAUCCACUGAAACAGCCCAAGCUUUUGCAGAUGAACUUGGGAUCCCAUUCUUGGAGACAAGUGCCAAGAAUGCUACCAAUGUCGAAGAAGCUUUCAUGGCCAUGACUGCUGCAAUCAAGACGAGAAUGGCGAGCCAACCUUCAGGAGGAUCCAAGCCAGCAACCGUCCAGAUCCGAGGACAACCUGUAAACCAGCAAUCAGGCUGCUGCUCUUCUUAAUUCUCUUUUUGAAACCCUUAACUAUAUAUAUAUAUAUUAUAGUGUCUCAUCCGUUUGAAUGUAUGACAUCUGAAACAUCUUUGCUCUUCUUCAUCUUAUGUGUUUUGGUUUUUCUAUCAAAAUGUUCAAAAUCUUCUAUAUUCUUUGUAAGGUACUUGGAACACAAUAAGCUAAGUUUUUCAUCGCGAA